AUGAAGCUCCCACUCCUCUCACUCGGCCUCUUCGCCGCGUGCUCUCUAGCUCAGAAUGAAGACUUCAACGGUUAUAAGCCCAUCACCCUUAUAUUCCACCACGCGGCAUACCAGUACCAAUUGCAUAUGUAUGCAGAUGGGCAAAGCUACAAUACAAACAAUGACUCGGUCAUCAACAUAAUCGAAUCCCCUGACUUCGACGCUUAUAAUUACUGCAACUUCGUCGCCGAGGACAAGCCCGCACUUGCUGACCAAGGAAAUGGAUUCAUUGGCGUGGGCUUACCAGAGCCUAUCAUCAGUGUGUCGUGUCGGCCGACACCGAAGCCCCCUUCGACUUGCUUGCCUGUUUAUGGUACGCAGAUCCUAUUCUUUCAGCCUUGGUGGCCUCAUGCGAGUGGUGCGGUGGCGGUACCGGAGGUUGCUUUACCCUCAAUUGCUGCAGUGGGUACUGUGCUGCGACGAAGUGUAGGCCUACUUAGUUAA